GCAGGUGGGGGAGGAAGAGGGCAAGGUACCAAUAUGCUAAACACUACUCAACUGUUGGCCAAGGGCUUUUCAGAGAGACCGAGGCAGAGCACAGAGUCCUUGGUUCCGAGGACAGCCACGGGGCUGUUGAAACUUCUAUCAAGCAUCUCUGCAGAGGAGCAGAGGAGCCUUGGGAGUGGUGACAGCCUCCAGAAUCAUAGCUGCCAGCUGCAAAGGUCUCAGAGCGCAGGGCAGACAGCAAAGAAAGAACGCAAGCCCCGGAGGCGGAACAGGAAAGGACACUGCUCAGCUGAGGCAGAGGAUCUCUUCACAGCACCUUCUCGGAAGCCUUCCUUCCCUUUCCAGUGGGCCUGGGAGAGCUUCAUCGUAGAUGGGCAGGCUCUGUUCCAGCCAAGUUCCUCCGUGGCCCCAGGCCACCGCCGAUCCCUGCUCUUGCCCCCAGCAGCUGUCCAGCUCAGGUCCAGGCGCAAGUCAAUGGCCAACCUCUCUGAAGACCCUGGCGCUGGCCAGAAGAUGGAAAUACAAAACCCGGGGAGGAUAAAUCAGCCGGGGAGAUAUGGCACCACUGGCCCCACUCCGGGCAAAGCAGAAAGCCUAGGGCUGGAGCCAUCCAGUCAGGGUAGUGUCUGGCCACCAGGCAAAGGGUCAGGGUCAGAGUCUGAGGAUGUCUCAGAAGUAGAAGGCCGGGACGCUGAGGAGGCAGAGAGAGUUCUGAGCUCUGGGGAACUGCCCCAGAUCCUGGGGCAAGGCUUGAUCUUGGAGGAGGAGUUGAUUUCAGAGAUGAUGGAGGAGGAGGAACAAAGCGCCCCCCACAAGAGAAAGGGCAGCUCUGGUAAAAAGGGGAGGAAUUCUAGCGAGAUGGCCUCAGAAAAAGGGGAGCUGAAGGGCCACAGCCAGGGAAGCAGCCCCAGCUCCAACAGCCUCCGAAAGGCGCAGAAGGGGGUGUUGAGGGCCAAGGAGCUGCAGGGGCCCUGGGACCUGGAGCGACUGCACAGGCAGUUACAGGAGGAGCUGGACUGUGGUCCCCAAGAGCAGUCCUGGAAAGCGUUGCGGGCCGCUGUCCAAGCCCGGAACAGGAAGGCCCCUACCUUGGGAGGUGAUGAAAGUUUUUUGUCUGCCGGCUUCUCUAAUCGUACCUUCCACAAGCGACAGGAGGCCAACAGAAACCUGAUGCAGUCCUUGGAAAGGCAGCAGCUGAAGGAGAAGCAGCAAGCUGAGGUUCGCAGGGCUCGCGAGCGGCAGGUGCAGCAGCAGGUGGCUCGCUGUCUGGCCGCCUACUCGCCCAAAGGGAGGAGAGGGGCCUUGGCGGCUCAGCACAAACUAGAAGAGCUGAGGAGCAAGGAUCGGCAGCGUUUUGUUGAGUACCAGGCAGAGCUGCAAGGCAUCCAGCACAGGGUGCAGGCCCGGCCCUUCCUGUUCCAGCAGGCCAUGCAGACCAAUGCCAGGCUCACGGCAAAUCGGCGCUUCUCCCAGGUGCUGUCAGCACUGGGAGUAGAUGAGGAGCAGCUGCUGGCUGAUGCAGGCAACACAGAGGGCAUCCCCCAGAACACAGGUGAGUCACUUGGAGUAGAAAUGGAACCCUCUUCUCAGAGCCCCCCAAAGACAGAACCCCCGAGCAGCCAGCCUGGAAGACAACCCUCCCCAAGCCUGGAUCCCGAGCACAACCCGAACAAAAAUUAAAUGCUUUAUGACAAGUACAGUGUGAGAUUUCUGAGGGGGAAUGGUUGUGGGCUGGAGAUCAGCAGUGGCAA